AGUCGAUCGAAAAUACCCAAACAAAACCUUGAGAACAAAUUUUUCUCUGCUUCUGCUUGGAAUCACUCUCGUUCAUCGCUGGUAUCAUGUCGAUCUUUGAGUACAAUGGAAGUGCAAUUGUUGCUAUGGUGGGAAAGAACUGUUUCGCUAUUGCUAGUGAUCGUCGUUUAGGUGUUCAGCUUCAAACUAUUGGAACUGAUUUUCAGAAAAUCUUCAAAAUUCAUGAUAAACUCUAUGUUGGUUUAGCUGGACUUGCAACUGAUGCUCAAACUCUGCAUCAAAGACUUGUCUUCAGACACAAGCUAUAUCAACUCAGAGAAGAGAGAGAUAUGAAGCCUGAGACUUUUGCUAGUCUUGUUUCUGCUAUUCUGUACGAGAAAAGGUUUGGUCCAUAUUUCUGUCAGCCUGUUAUUGCUGGUUUAGGAGAAGAUGAUAAGCCCUUUAUCUGCACAAUGGACUCAAUUGGUGCCAAGGAGCUCGCAAAAGAUUUUGUUGUAGCUGGAACUGCCUCAGAGUCACUUUAUGGUGCCUGCGAGUCGAUGUACAAGCUUGACAUGGAACCCGAAGAAUUAUUUGAAACCAUCUCACAAGCAUUGCAGGCAUCAGUAGACCGUGAUUGUUUGAGUGGUUGGGGAGGUCACGUCUAUCUUGUCACACCAACUGAAGUGAGAGAAUCAACAUUGAAGGGAAGAAUGGACUAAUGUGCUGUGCUAUGUUCCUUUUUCUUGUCCUUGGAUGUGCAGUUGGACUGAAAACAUUUAAAUGAAUUUGGGGAAUCAGUCUAGUAACCCUUCACUUCUUUUGGAGAGCAACUAUUUGUUUGCUGUGCUUUACAGUUAUGUACCUGAAUGGAAAAAAGGUUGUGAUUCAAGAUCGUCCUGAACAAUUACUUGGAUUUUAUUAACGUAAUAGGAUCAUUUGUCACUUAUUUUUGUUA